AUGGUGUUUAUCCAUGGCGGUGCUUUCAAAUAUGGCAGCGGCAACAGCGAUUGUUACUCCCCAGAGCCCCUUCUAGAACAGAAUGUCGUUGUUGUUACGCUCAACUAUCGGCUGGGUCCGCUAGGAUUCCUUCACCUCCCAUCACAGGGAGUCGAGGGUAAUGCGGCACAAAAGGACCAACUUCUGGCCCUCCGUUGGGUGGCUGAAAACAUCGCGCACUUCCAUGGCGAUCCCAACAAUGUGACGCUCAUCGGCGAAAGUGCGGGUGCCGUAUCUGUCCAUUUGCAUCUUCUGUCGCCGCUGUCCACUCAAUACUUCCACAAAGCGAUCUGCCAGAGUUGUGUUUCGUUGAUGGAUUUCGGCAUUCCAAACGAUACGCUCGGCAACACGCGACGUCUUGCCCGGCUGAUCGAUCCUUCCGUUCGUACUGACCAGAAAGUACUACGAACGCUGAAUGCGGCAUCUCCACAACAAAUGGUCGAGCUUUGUGAUCGUACACCUACUGAAGAGGAAAGACGUCGUGGUAUUUUAAUGCCUUUUCGACCGGUAGUGGAUGUAGCUAGCAAGGACCCUAUCAUCCCAGCACAUCCGAUAACGGCUAUGAAAACGACUGAUCACAUUCGAAGUAUACCGCUGAUGUUAGGUUACAAUAGUCGUGAAGGUGGUUCUUUCCUGGCACAUCUGAUAAGGUUCCCCGAGCUGUAUCGGAACGACAUGGAACGUGUUUUACCGCGUACAAUCAACGUCAUCCAUGGCACACCGGAAGCGAAGGAGCUCGCUAGAGCCAUGGAGAUGUUCUACUUCGGCUCGAGUGGUUUCACGAUGAAAAAGGUCCCGGAAGCUGCCGACAUGAUGACCGAUUUCAGCUACUCCGUCAUCAUGCGGAUCACGGCCGAGUUGCACGCUCGCUACCAGCAUCGUUCGCCAUUGUACUUCUAUCGUUUCGAGUAUGACGGUGCGUUAAAUCAGUACAAGAAGUUUCUUCCUUCACCGAUUCCUGGUGCCUACCAUGCCGACGAACUAGGGUAUCUGUUUCGCAUGCGAAUGUUGCCGAAAGAGGUUCUACCGCAAUCGAUCGAAGCACGUGUCCGACGGUACAUGUGCCGUCUGUGGACUAACUUUGCCCGGUACGGAAAUCCGACGCCGGCACACGACGAAUCGCUGCCCUUUCAAUGGACUUCCGUACCACCGAUGGAACCGGAAACCCCAGCAGGAUUCGAUCUACCGUACUUGCGCAUCAACGCGCAGCCACAGAUGGCGAUCAAUCCAGACGAGGAAAGGAUCGAUUUUUGGCGAAAAAUUUACGACCAGUAUAAUGGAGGGUUUCGUAAUCCUUACUAUAACAUCUAG